AUGGCAUUGUGCUCACUGGGGCUGUGGCCCCUGCUUGUGGCCUGCUGGACACUCUUUCCUGGUGAGUGUAGCGUGGGCCAGUCCCUGGCCCUGCUGCGGGGUGGAAACCGCUGUGAGGGCCUCCUGCAGGUGCAGCUCCUGGGCCGGCAGGGCCCGGUUUGCGGGGACCGCUGGGGCCUGGGUGAGGCUUCUGUGAUCUGCAGGCAGCUGGGCUGUGGCCGCGCCCUCGUUACCCCCACGUAUGUGGUGUGGCCCCAGGAAGCCCAGCAGUCCUUGCUGCAGGGCUUGCGGUGCCAGGGCAUGGAGGCCUCACUCUGGGAGUGCUCCCUGGGGAUGUGGGGGCCGCUGCAGGGCUGUGCGUGUGAGUGCAUUGGGGCCGUGCACUGCUCAGGUGGGCGGCUAGCAUCCUUGGGGCUGAGUGGUGGAGGAAGCCCCUGUGCAGGGACCCCUGUGAUCCAGGUAGCAGAAGGCCCUGUGAUAAGGUGUGGCUUGCACCAGAAGGAAGCCAGCGUCUUCUGCAGAAGGCUGGGGUGUGGUCCAGCACUACAGGCCACCAGACCUCACCUCACAGGGAAGGCUGGAAGGCCAGAGUUGAAAGUUGUGACCUGCAAGGGACCAGAGUCCAACAUCUUCAACUGCAGGUUCAACCUGAACCUCCUAGACCAGUGUGAGCUCCCAACAGAUACAGCGGUGGUAUGCUCAGGACACACCGAGGCCCGGCUGGCUGGCGGCGAGCACCCCUGCUCUGGGCGCCUGGAGGUGAAGCGGGGCCUGACCUGGGGCACCGUAUGCGACGCAGACCUGGAUCUGGCCACAGCUCACGUGGUGUGUCGAGAGCUGCGGUGUGGGGCGGCCAUGUCCACGCCCAGGGGCGCCCGCUUUGGCCGCGGCUCCGGGCUUGUGUGGACAGAGGCCUUCCGCUGUGUGGGCAACGAGUCUUUGCUGUUCCACUGCCCGCGAGGUCCUGGGAGCCAGUGCGGGCACAGUCGGGACGCCGGGCUCACGUGCUCAGGGGAAAAGUUUCGGCUGGUCAACGGCAGCAGCAGCUGUGAGGGCCGCGUGGAACUCCAGGUGGAGGGAGCCUGGGCACCCCUCUGUGCUGCCCACUGGGACUUGGCUGAUGCCACCGUGCUCUGCCACCAGCUCAAGUGUGGCAAUGCCGUGGCCACGCCGGGAGGAGGCCAUUUUGGGGAUGGGGAUGCUCCCAUCUGGCCUGACGUAUUUCACUGUGAGGGGACAGAACCCCAUUUGUUCAGCUGCCCAGCAAGCACUCUGGGGGCCCCUGCCUGUGCCCCAGGAAACUCGGCUUCCACAGUCUGUUCAGGUCUCCCCCACGCCCUGAGGCUGAGGGAUGGUCAGAGCCACUGUGAUGGGCGCGUGGAGGUCUCCCUGAAUGGCACGUGGGGCCGAGUCCUGGAUGAUGCGUGGGAUGUGCGCGGCGCACGCGUAGUGUGCGGGCAGAUCCGGUGCGGAGCCGCCGAGCGAGCCUAUGACGCGCCGGCUCCUGGGAGCCGGGCUAUCCCUGUGGGGCUGAGCCGCGUGCGCUGUCUGGGCAGCGAGACGUGCCUGGGCCAGUGCAACCUGUCUGUGUCCCUGCGGGAGACCGCGGGGACUUCGCGGGACGCGGGCGUCGUGUGUUCCGGGAGCCUCCGGGUGCGGCUAGCCGCAGGGCCGGGCCGCUGUGCUGGGCGCGUGGAGGUGUUCCACCGGGGAGCGUGGGGUACCGUGUGUGAUGAUGCCUGGGACCUGCGCGACGCGCACGUGGUCUGCAGGCAGCUGGGCUGCGGCCGCGCGCUCAGCGCCCCGGGGGCGGCCCAUUUUGGGGCCGGCGCGGGGCUCAUCUGGCUGGAUGAACUGGGAUGCCAGGGCCAAGAGUCUGCCCUGUGGCAGUGCCCAUCGGGGGCCUGGGGCCAGCACGACUGCGGGCACAAGGAGGACGCUGGGGUCUUCUGUUCAGAGUUCACGGAUGUGAGGCUACGGAACCACAGCGGACCGUGUGCAGGGCGGCUGGAAGUUUUCUACAACGGGACCUGGGGUGGGGUCUGCCAGACCCUGAAUGCAGCCUCCCUGGGGCUCCUGUGUGAGCAUCUGGGCUGUGGGUCCCAAGGCCAGCUGCUGGCUGGGGCAGGGAGCUGGCCUGGCCCCGAGGCUCGCUGGCUGGCCUCCAUUCAGUGCAGGGACAGGCAUGAUCGGUCCGUGUGGCAGUGCCCGUCAGCCCCCUGGGACCCGGAUUCCUGCUCUAGCGGAGAGGAAGCGUGGGUCCUGUGUGCAGAAAAGGCAGAAGUUCCGCAGGACCUUGGAGAGAGCCUGAACUGCUCAUCCACACUCAGCUGCCCAGAGGAGGGAGCGCUGCGUGUGCGCGGGGGCUCGGACAGCUGCUCUGGGCGCGUGGAGCUUUGGCACGUGGACUCCUGGGGCUCGGUGUGCGACGACUCUUGGGACCUGGCGGACGCGGAGGUCGUGUGCCGGCAGCUGGGCUGUGGUCCGGCUGUGAAUGCGCUGUGGGGGGCCGCCUUUGGCUCUGGCUCGGGACCCGUGUGGCUGGAUGAGGUGGGGUGCCGGGGCAGCGAGGUGUCCCUGAGUGAGUGCCAGGCUGAGCCGUGGGGACAUGGAGACUGCACGCACAAGGAGGAUGCGGCUGUACGUUGCUCAGACCCUCGUCCAGAUCCCUUGCCAGCUGCAGAGUCCUGUCAUGUGCUCAGGGCUGUCAGUGCUGUCCUGGGAACUCUUCUUGCUUUUCUCCUCCUGGGCCUCAUUGCCUUCCGUGUCCUACUUCUCAUCACACAAGCCAAGCAUAUGGGUCUGGGGAGGUCCGAGGCAUCUCCUGGAGAAGCCACCUAUGAAGUCAUCUGGGAAAUGCCACUAGCAGCAUUGUAUGAAGAAAUUAUGGAAGCCCAGGAUGAGUACCAGGUUUCAGGGGGGUUGUCUGGCAUCACAGAUGAACAGUCUGCACCCGACGAGAGUUAUGAUGAGGCUGUGUCUCCGCUGGAGGAGAUGACACCAUAAAGCACCCUGAAGAUCAUGUAUACAGUUUCAGCAAAAUAACAGUUCUUUAUUUCUUUUACAAUUGGACUGAAUUUCACAAGACAUC